CGGUGUUUGAAGAUGGCCCAGAACUCGGUGUCGCUGUCCGCCGGCGAUCAAGCCAACAGGAUGGCCCACCGAUCCUCCCAAGGAGAUCUCAACCCGUCGGCCAUGGCUUGGGCGAUGGUCUCCGGAGACAGCUUCCUGGUUACUAGACUUGAUCCGAAUCAGCCAGGACCUCGGCCACCAGCGCGACCCAGCGUUCGGACCGACAGACGUCGAGUGCCCGUCGGUGGCCGCAGCCGUAGCCGAAGCCGCCAAGGCAGAUUCUCGCCCUACCCGAUCCCAGGCGUCAAACUCGACCUCUUAAGAAGUGUGCUGCAGCAGCGUCUUGUUGCGUUAGGAUCUGCUCUCGCAACCCGAAUCUCAGCGUAGAGCAAAUGCCUCCCCUCACUUAGCUUGCAAACAAGGCCUUUCCAAAAUC